AUGUUAUCUAUCCAUCUCGUUCCGUUCCUAUCUGUCUGUCCAUCUCGUUCCGUUCCUAUCUGUCUGUCCAUCUCGUUCCGUUCCUAUCUGUCUGUCCAUCUCGUUCCGUUCCUAUCUGUCUGUCCAUCUCGUUCCGUUUCUAUCUGUCUAUCUCGUUCCGUUCCUAUUCGUCUGUCUGUCUCUGUUCCGUUCUAUCUGUCUGUCUGUCUCGUUCCGUUCCUAUCUGUCUGUCUGUCUCGUUCCGUUCCUAUCUGUCUGUCUGUCUCGUUCCGUUCCUAUUUGUCUGUCUGUUCCGUUCGUCCUAUCUUCCUAUCUGUCUGUCUCGUUCCGUUCCUAUCUGUCUGUCUGUCUCGUUCCGUUCCUAUCUGUCUGUCUGUCUCGUUCCGUUCCUAUCUGUCUGUCUGUCUCGUUCCGUUCCUAUCUGUCUGUCUGUCUCGUUCCGUUCCUAUCUGUCUGUCUGUCUCGUUCCGUUCCUAUCUGUCUGUCUGUCUCGUUCCGUUCCUAUCUGUCUGUCUGUCUCGUUCCGUUCCUAUCUGUCUGUCUGUCUCGUUCGUUCCUAUCUGUCUGUCUGUCUCGUUCCGUUCCUAUUCUGUCUGUCUGUCUCGUUCCGUUCCUAUCUGUCUGUCUGUCUCGUUCCGUUCCUAUCUGUCUGUCUGUCUCGUUCCGUUCCUCAUCUGUCUGUCUCGUUCCGUUCCGUUCCUAUUCCGUUCCUCUGUCUGUCUGUUCCCGUUCCUAUCUCUGUCUCCGUUCCGUUCCUAUCUGUCUGUCUGUCUCAUUCUGUUCCUCAGGUCUGUCCUCGUUCCUUCCUCUGUCUGUCUGUCUCGUUCCGUUCCUAUCUGUCUGUCUGUCUGUCUCGUUCCGUUCCUAUCUGUCUGUCUGUCCAUCUCGUUCCGUUCCUAUCUGUCUGUCUGUCCAUCUCGUUCCGUUCCUAUCUGUCUGUCCGUCUCGUUCCGUUCCUAUCUGUCUGUCUGUCUCGUUCCGUUCCUAUCUGUCUGUCCGUCUCGUUCCGUUCCUAUCUGUCUGUCCGUCUCGUUCCGUUCCUAUCUGUCUGUCCGUCUCGUUCCGUUCCUAUCUGUCUGUCCGUCUCGUUCCGUUCCUAUCUGUCUGUCUGUCUGUCGAUCUCGUUCCGUUCCUAUCUGUCUGUCUAUCUGUCGAUCUCGUUCCGUUCCUAUCUGUCUGUCUGUCUGUCGAUCUCGUUCCGUUCCUAUCUGUCUGUCUGUCUGUCGAUCUCGUUCCGUUCCUAUCUGUCUGUCUAUCUGUCCAUCUGUCCAUCUCGUUCCGUUCCUAUCUGUCUAUCUGUCCAUCUCGUUCCGUUCAUAUCUGUCUAUCUGUCCAUCUCGUUCCGUUCAUAUCUGUCUGUCUAUCUGUCCAUCUCGUUCCCUUCAUAUCCAUCUAUCGAAUUAA